AUGGGAGGGAGCAGUAGCAGCGGCGGAGGCUCGGCGCACUGGCGGGACGGAGCAGCGUCUGGCGUGUAUGCUCACGCGCCAGAGUUGACGCACUACCUCCAGUCCACGUUCGUCCCGUCGGUCGUGCCCCAGCAGGACGAGUACGAUGCGAAGGAGCAGGCGCGGCAGUACCUCGAGAAGCUGGCGGACCAGGUCUCGCCUGGAGCCAAGCUGUUGCCGUUUGGGUCAAUGGCAAAUGGCUUUGCGCUCAAGAAUUCGGACAUGGACCUGUGUUGCUUCCUCGCCAAGGAUGCGCCAGUGCGGUCGCCCUCCGAGCUGGUCGAGCUGUUGGGCCGGUUAAUCGAGCAGGAGACCAACUUCUACGUCAAGACGCUCCCUCGCGCACGAAUACCGAUCAUCAAGCUCACCAUGCCGCCAACUGCGAGCGUCCCGGCCGGCAUGGCUUGCGAUAUCGGGUUCGAGAACCGGCUGGCGCUGGAGAACACCCGGCUGCUCUUGACUUACGCGAUGGUGGACGCGCGAUUACGGACACUGGUGCUCUUCCUCAAGGUCUGGACGAAACGGCGGAAGAUCAACAACCCGUACCGAGGCACGCUCAGCUCGUACGGCUACGUCUUGCUCGUCAUCCACUUCCUCGCACACGUCAAGCAGCCGCCAAUACUUCCAAACCUGCAACGACUACCUCUCCCCGAAUCCGCCAAUCUCGACGAGCUCACCUACGAGGGCCACGACAUCUCCUUCUUCGACGACGUCGACGCCCUUCCCUCUGUUUUCCAAACGACGAACGGCGAAUCGGCCGGCGAGCUCCUCAUCGACUUCUUCCGGUACUUCUCAAAGGAGUUCAACUACGCCGGCUUGGUUGUCAGCAUUCGGAGUGAGGCGGGCACGAUGCAGAAGACGACGAAGGGCUGGCAUAUCGACAUCGAGACGGACCCCGAGGGGACGGUGCGAGAUCAGCACAAGCUCUGCAUAGAGGACCCUUUUCAACUAGACUACAACGUCGCGCGAACAGUGACGAAAGACGGGCUGUACACGAUCCGCGGCGAGUUCAUGCGCGCCUUCCGCAUUCUCACGACUCCUUCUCGAUCACCCGAAGGCAUCGGCGCCGUCAUCAACUCGCUCUGCGAAGAACGAGAAGAUUACCUGCUCAUCCACCCCUCCGACGAUCCCUAUGCCCGCCUGCACGCCCCUCUGCAUCACCAGUCCCCACACUACGGCUCGCACCCCCAGCAGAAGAGCCCACGUAGACGAUCAGCACCCUCGCCUCGCAUGGCUCCGACUCUGUACGGCGCCGGCCUGCAUCACCAGCCGCCUCCGCUCGGGCAGGCGUCGAUGUCGCGGGACCACCCGCUCUGGGCUGUGGCGAUGAACGGGACGGCGGCAGGCGCGGUGCAGCAACCGCCGCAGCUUGGUCGUGCGAUUGCGGGAUUGGCAAUCAAUUCCGAGUCGAGCGGAGGAGAAGCGGUCGUGUCGGCGGGUCCGGCGAGCGAGAACGGCGACGACGCUCCUCACCUGGUGCUGGGGGACGCGUUCGAGCCGUCGACGGGAACGGGCGCAUCCGGCAUGUACCCGCACCCGACAAGCAUCUACGCCCUGGCCGGCGCAGCUCUUCGACAUCCGCACGCUCACCACCAGCCGCUCGUCUACCCGUACGGCAGCAACACAGGCCGCCUCGCCCCACAGCACAUGUCGACUCCGCCGACCGUCGCAGGUUCGCCGCCGCCCUCGGAAGCAGGCGCGAGCUCGUUCGGCGGGCACGAGAGGCGGGCAUCGUGGGAUGGCGGACUGAAGGACGGAGUGGCGGCUGGUGCCGAGCGCGGCAAGCUGAGAACACCGUCGAUGGGCGGAGCGGGAGCAGGAGGCUCUUACGACUUGCACCGGUUCUUCCAGAACCCGCCGUCCUCAUCGAUGAGCGAUGCGGGAGGACCAACAGCCUCGUCACCCCCCGUUACGAGCGCUUCGACGAACGCACGAGGAUCCGUCUCGCUCACUGCGCCUUCGAGUCCGGAACUCGCCGCCCAGUCCGCCUACUUUGCCGGCCACCCGACGAGUCAUUACUCGGCGUACGGCGGCAGGUCGUCCCAGUACCGGUAUGGCGCAUCUGCGGCGUCGGCUGCUGCCAGCGGAAGCUACGCUCACGUCGGUCCUCGCCUUGCCACAUCCGUCCCCCGAAACCCGCACACCGCUCAUCACGCCUACACAAACCCCUACGCCUCGGCUCCCGUCCCGUAUCCUCUCGCAUCGACCUCGACCUCCGCCACGUCCUCUGCCUACACGAGCCCGAAUUCAGCGCCCGCCGCCUAUCCGCUUGGCGCGAACGGCAACACCGCCAGUCCCGCCGCGCCCGCCCCUCCUGCGCCCAUCUUCCCCGAGGAAGACCGCGAGGCGAUCGCGCUCGCAAACAGCAUCACGUUCGGCAACUUCCCCGAACUUUUGCCCCUGCCGUCCUACGCGCACUACCACGCCAGUGGAGGGAGUGCGGCGUACUUGGCAGGUGCGGGUGGCUGGGGCUCGACACCGUACGGCAUCAGCGGUCCAAUGCGCGUAGGUAACAGGACGCAUGGACCUGGCGGCGGCCCCAGUCGGGGUGGGCCUCGGCAGAGCCUGAGCAGCACGGCCGAAGACGAGGAUGGCGAGUCUGCGGCGGAGUUUGAGGACGAGGAAGAUGCGGCAGAAGCCGCUGAGCGUGGUCGGAAGCGACGACCGUCAACGGACGAGACGCUGAGCGAGGGCCGGGCUGGUCGAUCGAGAGGCGGGAGCGUUCCGCAUGUUCGCAUGGGGCCAGACGGCCGCGAGACCCUCCUGUUCGGCGCCAUCGAGGUCACUCUGCCCAAAGCCGAAGACACCGACGACAUCGACUGGGAGGACGAUUCGGACGACGACUUGCGGAGAAGUCCUGUCAUCGCGGCAUCUGAGGGGAAGUCUGGGCUGGAUGGGCGGGACCAGGAUGAGCGCGAGGUUGCCUUCCUGGGACCAACGCCAUCCGCCGCCCCGUCCGCGCCUCAAACGACGGCUGCCUCAACGGAAGAAAUCCCUCCCCACGCCCCUCGGACGAUUCCCGUCCUCAGGACUCAGCCGCCGACUCCCGCCAAAGCGCCUCAUGACCCCGCUGUCGACUCGGCUUCGCCUAGCCGUCCGUCUCGCAGUCGCCCGUCUUGGCCUCUCGUCGAAGCGCCGCGUGUGCCGCUUGACGACGAGAUGACCCCUCGGCCCGCUUCGCCCGUUACGGCUGCAGCGAACGGGUGGGCGAUCCUGCCGCAGCCAGCUUCCGAGCACACCCGCCACCCAGCGGAUGCGUCAGCAGCCGUGACCGUCGGCACUCCCGAGACGGCUUCGCGCGCGUCGCCCGUUGUCAAUGGCAUCGCGGUGCUUCGACUGGACGACGUCGAGAACGACAACGUCCCGCCGAUCUCGAGCUCGCCUCGUGCUCCUCGGAGCCCAAAGGCAGAGAAGCGAGCGCGGCAGAAGGAGCGCCGGCGGUCAAGCUCGUCGACCAUCUCGUCAUCCUCCCCGGUUCCCCAAGACGCCUAA